AAAAGUUUGUUUCUGAGGUUUCUAAGAAUUUUUCACAAAAUUGGGGAAGAUGGAGAGUGCAGGAGUUAGGAAAACCUUGAAAGGCAGCUUAUCUUUCUCCUCCAAUCUCAGACCGGAAGAAGGCGAACAAGAAGACGGCGGUUGCAACACAGUGGACGAGAUAAGCAUUUUUGACGCCCACAAGUACUUCAAUGAAUCAAGUAAAGUAAGCUGCAAUAAUAUUGGUAGAGUUUCCCCUGCCUUUAAUGUCAAUCUCGUCAAUCUCAAACGUAAUUCCGACCGGUUCGAUCUCUCUGCUGUUCCCACCAGAUUCUCUUGGAUGGAUGGGUGUAAUAACAACAGUAAUAAUACUGUUACAAACUACAGAGCAACUCCGACGGCUUCAUCGGAAGCCAGUUGGAACAGCCGGAGUGGUCUCUUGUCCAAUCCUCCCGGCGCAAUCCCACUUUCCGUUCACACUCAUCAACAUGAUGAGAAGAAAAAGAAAGGGAGCAGUAGAAAAUGGGCCGUUUUCCGAAGAAAAUGCCCGUGCUCAGGCAGAAAGUCCGUUCAAGUAGCAGAACCCAAGAAAACCGCACCACCACCACCACCACCACCACCACCACCGCAAAACCCCAUUUCAGUGGAGAAAAUCAGUAGAAUAGUUUCGGAGAAAGCAAGCAAUAAAAGUCUUUUUCCUACUACUACUACUACUACUGCUGCCUUCUCCUUUCCCAUACUAAAUCCUCCAUCAUCAUCGUCGCCGUCAGAUCCACCUCGUCAUUCUCUGCAAGUGUUCCGGCCGUCCAUUACUAAUUCAGCAAGAAUGAUGGAUGAUGGUGAUGAUGAAGAAGUGGCAAGCAACGCGAGCUCCGACUUGUUUGAGAUAGAAAGCUUCUCAGCUCAUCCGACAACAAGAUCAGUAGUGUCGCCGAUGACACCGGCGUCGGCGUCGGCGUCUACUGCUACUAGUAAUCAUAUGUACGAGCCAAGCGAGGGUAGCAUUGAUUGGAGCGUGACAACAGCCGAGGGUGUCGCCGACGACGACCCAAUUAUGCAAAUGCGGUGGCCGGAAAAGAGCAGAUGGAGAUCGGGGAAUGGGUUGCUGUUGAGCUGUCGAUGCGAGAAGGCGGUGAGUGUGGGGCCGAACCCAAAGAAAUGCGCGUCUGCUGCUGAUCAGGAACAUACGCCUCCAUCCAUGAAGUCCAUGUUGAGGCAUGUGGGCAGUAGGCCACCCAUGACCCAUACCCAAUAAGCCAUCGCUUCGGAGCUCUCAACUCACCUCCAUUGUCUCUUCCUUUUGCAACAUGGAGUCGUGGGGCUGGGGAGUACUAUCCAAUUAUGCUUCCU